AUUGUGGAAUUGCUGCUGAAGAGGAUUUGUGAUGUAGAAAAAAAGAAUGAUGGCUUUGCACAGUGAUCGAUCCACGGUGAGGAAAGAGACUGUACGAAUUCAUGAAUGUGGGAUCCUUGGUGAUGCCUGGAGGAAAUAUGUAGACAGAAAAAACAUAGUUCUGCAGUUUCUUGGAAACAACUUAAACACGGACAUCUUGAAGCACUAUGAAACAAGACUGGAACUAUUGAAAAAAUGCUCUUUUUAUGUAGAUGUAAUGCCAAAACACUUGACAUUCGGAGACCAGAACCUAUUUCAGCCUAAUGUACUCUACCAGCUAAUUGAUCCAUGCAAAUUUCUGAGGAUGAAGAAAAUAGGGACAACUCAGGUCAAAAUCCAGCUUCUGCUGCUCAGAGAAUAUCUUAGUGAGCUGAAAUAUGGACGUGAAGAGUUGAAAGUCAUUGCUAAAAUAUCAGAUGUGACAUUGUUUCUUUUACAUUGGAACACUACUUGUUCAAGACUUGGACAGCUCUUCAAUACGCUAAAAAAUUUCAUAUCAGUUCUUAUACCUGGCAAACUUUAUGUGAAGCAUCACUUAAUGAGCGAUGCAAAGUUGAACAAAAUUCCUCAACUCAGAGUGGUUCUGCGAACCAAGAUGCCUGUACUGUUUGAUCGGAACGAAUCAACUGCUUAUCACAAUUCAGUGGAGUUGAAGUGGUUGGUCCUUGGGGAAGAGGCACAUCAUGAUCUAUAUGAACUCAAAUACAAACUAUUGGAGCCCCAUUAUUGCACUGAGAAGAAUCAUUUUGGAGUGAUUUCUGUUGAAACGGAUAGUAUUGAGAUUGGAAAUCUGCUUCCUGACAGUUCAUACGAAUUUACAAUCAGCCGAGUGGAGAAUUACACACUUGUUUACUCAGCAUGGUGUGACAUCAUGAUCCUAAAAACAAAACCAUCAAAUCACCUGCAAUAUGUGUGCAAUAAAACACACAGCUUCACAUAG